AUAUGGUUCAGCCAAUAAAAAUAGGGAGUUUGGACAGCACAUUGCGAACUCAUGAUCACGCAUGCAGCAGCAUGCGCGCAGAUUUUUCCGCGAUCUGGCAAGGGAGGCACCACGAGGACUGGUGACCGAGGCCACUCCAAUGGACACGAUUGUCGAGUUGGCGUCGUUCCUUCGUCCUGAUUCGAAACCUGAGUUAAAGAGCGCAACGCUUGAACAUCUUGCUGGACUGACAGUAACUAGAGACGGUCGUGAAGUUUUCACACGUUAUCCACCCUUGUUAGAGAGUCUUUCAGACAUUGUGAGACGUCUAGAGAUCCCCUAUGCGAGAGAUGCACUAACUUGCUUCAUAAAUCUAGCAGCUGAAAAGUCAAGCACCGAAGAACUGUUAUCAGCCAACGUUCUAAACGUUUUGUUAGAAAGCUUGAGUGCUUGCUCUGAUUCCAUCUGUAAAGAGAAGUUGUGCAUGACUCUAUCAAACUUGACGAGAACAGAGACGGGCAGUGAAGCAUUUGUUCAACUGUUAAGAACCAAAGGAGAUAACUGCCUGUCGGAUAUCGUUGAUAUUUUUUGUGAAAGUCAAAAUCGUGGCAGUCGAGAGUUGGACUACAUUGCAACAGUGUUUGGUAAUGUGAGUCAGGUAGCUGAUGGAAGGGAUCUAAUGAUGGAUAGGAGUAAGGCAAUCUUGAAGCGAUUGCUGCCUUUACUUGAAUGCAGUGCAUCUGCAAUUUGUCGUCGUAGCAUCGCUUGUCUUGUAAAGAAUUGUUGUUUCGAUGUUCAACAUCAAGAGUGGAUACUGAGUGACGAUAUUGACAUACUUUCACGGCUGUUGCUGCCACUGGCUGGGCCUGAGGAGUUAGAAGAGGAGGAAAUGGAGAAACUACCAAUUGACUUGCAAUAUCUUGGAGAUGACAAGACACGGGAACCAGAGGCAGACAUCAGAGUUAUGCUACUAGAAGCCAUCAUGCAGCAAUCAACACCAUUCCUCUGACUUAAGGCUACCACAGAAAACACAACAGUUACUCAUAUUUUGUGUAAGUACUGUAUAUUAUUUGUGAUUGCUAUUGCUUCUAAAAUAGCUAUUAAUAGCAGCUAAGUACUACAUGUAUGCUAUUGAUGUUAUUAACAAUUAAUUGGUUAAUGUGCUAACUAAUGUAGUUUUCAUAUGUAUCUAAAAGCUCAUUGGUCACGUUCAGUUCCUAUGGUUUGACUUUCAUUAUUUAAGUUUCACAUCAAUGGUCAUUUGCUACAAGUUCGACCACUGUUCACAUUUUAACUAUCCUUCAAAAACACAUCAAUAAUUGUUGCUCUUAAUCUUCAGUCAAACCCCGUAACUCGUUUUCAAUCUGCCAAUUUGCACAAUACUAUCAAGCAUGUUUGUCCAUGUCUAAUGGCGGUACUCAAACAUAAAACAAUUUUGCAAGUUUGCACAGAAUGUGAGAAACAGGUACAUGACCAAGACAUGACCAAGGCUAGCACGCACACACACACACACACACACACACACACACACACAC